AUGUCCCAGGUGUAUCAACAAGCUCUUCAAAGAGCUCUCAAUGCAUUAUCAACUGCAGAGCAAUCAGCUCCAGACACAGCUGUAAAUCCAAAAGAGUCUGAAGGCAAGAUAUUUGGUCUAGGACAAGCUGAUAGACAGGAUUAUCAUGAGACUAAGUUCCAUUUAACAUCAAUGUCAAGAGGUUUGGCCAUGACCAGUUUCUGUACCUCUACUCCAGACAACAGUCGAAUCAAAACAUCACGAGCGAUCGGAUAUGCUACGGAAACAGAGGACUUGAAACCCAAAAGUGAUACGUAUUCACAGAAUCAAUACAAUAAACAUUUAACCGAUAAUUACUCAUCGAAUAAUUCGGGUUAUCGAGGAAGAUAUACUACAAAACCUGAAAAUAAUACAAACACAGAUUCCAUCAAUGACAGAGCUUCCAAUGUAAAUAGUGGUCAUAACUCACGAUAUUCCAAUUCUUCAAACUCUUAUUUACAUCCAGACAGUUCUAAUCGCUAUGGUAACUCGUCAAAUCAACCAGAGCGUUCUGUAUCGCCUACACCUGGAUAUCGUAUUUCGUCCCGAUAUCGAACUUCGUCACCUAGGCCACAAGCGUCCUUAGAUACGUCUUCAGAGACGAAAGAGAACACUGCUCCUGUGUCACCAUCUUUACUGGGUUCUGUGGGAUAUUUAGGACGAUACAAACCGAGAUAUUCAUCGAGCAGUGACCAAGGUUCGAACAGCCGACCAGCAACACCUACCAGCCAAUCAGCUUCCAGAUCUUCCAAUGAUGCUACCACAAGGGAGACAACUACUAGUCAGAGUAGCGAAGGUAGUCCAGGUUAUUCUGGAAGAUACCAAUAUAGAUACCCUUCAAGGUCCUAUAACUAUGGUUCAACUGUAACGUCAAACCAGGAAAACAGCCCAAAGACUGAAACAACUCAAGAAAGUCCAAAACCAGAAGUGACUUCUUCCCAGCCAGUGACGAUUUCCACGACGUACAAAUACAGAUAUCCUUCUAGAUACAGCCAACAGGAAACAGAAUCAUCAAAAUCAACAGACUCAGGGACAGCUGAGAACAAAAAUACCGAGAGGGAAGAUACAUCAGUUUUUAGAUAUCCAAACAGAUAUUCAAGUCAAUCAAUUGAUAAUCAGAACAAAAAUCAAAAACAAGUUGAACAAAAUUCUGAGGAUCAAGAGGAGUGGACUACUACCACAGAGACUUACAAAGUCCCUCGCUCUAGCACCAGCAGAUCUCAGAACUCUCCAAAUCAAACUCCAGCUAGGACAUCAAAAUCUGAAAACCAAAAAGAAGAAUCAAAGACGUCAACAGAGUCUUACAGAUAUCCAUAUAGUAGGUCAUCUUUCAGAUCAACGGAAAAUCAAAGCAGACCUUCCGAAUCUUCCAAAGAGCUUGAAAGCAAGAAGGAAGAAGAGGAGGGUUGGACAACAACCACCGAAACUUAUAAAUAUCCUAAAUCAAAAUCUUCAGUAACGUCAUCAGAAUCUUCAGACACUGCUUCAAGAUUUCGAUACCCAUACACGACUAGGUAUAGUUCAUCUGGUAAUGAUGCGAAAGUAGAAUCUGAGAAAUCUCAAACUGACACCCAAGAACAGGAAACAAAGACCGAUGUAUCGUCCACCAAUUCAUAUAGAUACCCAUAUUCUUCAAAAUAUGGUUCAUCUUCAACUGAAACAAAAGUAGCUGAACCUGAGCAAUCCAAAGUUAAAAGUCCAGAACCUGAAGUCUCAACAUCGUAUUCCUAUCGAUCACCCUACAGCAGAUUCAGUUCCAGUCAGCCAGUUACUUCCACGCCAAUCAAGACUGAAGAAAAACCAUCUGAGCAAGAGCAAGAACAGACCAGGAGCAGGUACACAUAUAAAUAUCCAUCUCGCAACUCAAGUUAUGGCAGUUCCUCAACCAACACAGAGGAUAAAAAGACUGAUGCUUCUGAUAAAGAGUCCAAUAAAGAAUCAGAAGUGAAAUCAACGUCAUAUUCCUACAGAUAUCCUAGAAGUAGCAGCUCACGCAGUGACGAAACUCCAAAAUCUCCCAAAGCUGAGACACAAGCCAGAGAAGAUGACAAUGUUGUGACUCAAACAUACACUUAUAAAUAUCCAUCAGGAGCUUACAACUUCAACAUUCGUUCCGAACCUUCUAAAAAGUCUCUUGAAUCUGAAGAGAAGAAAUCAAAUUCUGUCCAAUCAAAAACUGAUACGGAAGAGAACGAUCUAGACGAGGAAGUCUUUACUGAAACCGUUUCAUACAAGCUUCCUAAAUCUUAUGGACAACAAGUAGAAAGGUCUCAAGAGAAGAUGCCAGAGCCUGAGGCUAAGACAUCAAGCUCAUAUAACUACCAGAAAACAUCAAGUAGUCCUGCCACUGAAGACAAGUCAAAGGAUCAAAAGAGCUCAGACUCCGAAUCAAAUUCAAGAUACCAGUACAAAUAUCGCUACCCAUCUCGCUCAUACAAUUUCAAAACUAUUUCCCAAACCGAAUCUGAAGAGAAAUCAGACAACCAAAGAAAAAUCAGCACAAACCAAGAAUCUGUGCUUCACACAGACACUGUCUCAUCCAACAGAUCUUCCACUGGCAGUAUGAGUAACACAGCAUCAAUCAGUCGACAAACGUCCCAGACCAAGGAAGUCCUAUCACCAGCUUUGGCACCACGAUCCCCUGGUUCCAAACACAUUGACAAGACUCCUAAGUAUAUCUUCAGUAUGGGAUCUAGAACAGUAGCAGAACCACAAGUUCCAAAGUCUGUGGAGCACUCAACUUCCAAAGAUGAAAAUGAAAAUGAAGAACCAAUAGUAAAAGAAGAAUUGGUGGAAGCUGCUGAGCAACCUGAAGAAGAAGAGGAAGAUCCAGAGAACUCAAUGACAGCUGAGGAAUUUCUGGAUCUGGCUAAACAGAAACUGGAGGAACUCCAUCUAGCUGAGGCUGAAAGACUUUUCAUGCGAUGCCACCAGAAACUGAAUGAUGUGCCAGAAAAUAACUACCAGAAGCUCAUCGAGAUUUUUUUCGGAUUAUCUGAGGUGUGUACGCGUAGAAGCAAACUGAGACGAAAGAGUCCUCUGGAAUGGCAAUGGCUGUGUGUACAUGCUGCUGCUCUUCUAGCUGAAGCUGCAGAACUGUGUGCUCUGGAAGCCAAAUCAGAAGAUUCAGAGAUUGCAGAAUUUUACCAAGACAAGAGAGAAUUUGCUGAAAAUCGUAACAAGUCUUUGGAAGAUCUUCUGUGUAGGACUUUAUAUAAUUGGUUAGCAGAUGGCUGGAGAGCUAUAGAUCCAACCAGAGUAGGAUCACUCAAUGCAAUCAGGAAGACCAAUAUAACCUCUUCCCUGUUCCCAAUGUCAAAUAUGCUUGGAUUGAAACCAUACCAAUCUGGAUUCUUGGCUCAAGCACUCAGCAUUGAAAGUCUUCAUGAGAUGCCUUCAUCCUUACAAGGCGCUUCAUUGGAUACCAAAUCAAACUGGUUCAGAAGGAUUCAGCUGUACUGCUUGAAGAGAAUGAUCAAUAAGAAUCGACAAGAGGUGCUGGAUGAGGUCCUUCAGUUCUCCAAAGACACCAAGAAAAAUGAUUCUCAAGAUUUGGGAUCUGAUGAUGAAGAUGAAGCUAAGGAUGAGGAACAACCUCUGGAAUCUCAUAAGGAUUCUAAAGAGGAAACUAUUGGUACUGAUGCAGAGCAUGAUGAGGAAGUACAUGAUGAAGAAGCUAAUGCUGAAGAACACCUACAAGUCGUCAAUUCACCUCUGUCACAGAAACCAGUGAAGUUAACCAUUGCUAAAGUCUUCCAUCGAGUUGUUGCCAGAUUGAUUGAGGAACAGGAUUACACCAAGGCUGAGCUUCUUUGUGAGGAAAUUUUACAAAUUGUAGAACAGAUUCAAGAUGGAACUAUUAGGAUGCUGAAAUUCAGUGGAGAGCUUCAACAGAACUUGGGCGUCCUGUGCCUCAAACAAGGUGAUAUUGCUAAAGGAAUUGCUUGUUUGGAAGUUGCACUGAACAUCUUCCGAGAUUUACAAGAUGGUGAUGCUCAUAGAGAAGUUUCCUUGGUUCUUUUGGACAUGGGAAAUGCGUAUGUUGCUUCAUCCCUCAGUGAAGAUCAACUGUAUCAGUCCAUAAUUGCAGCCAUCAGAGUGUUCUUUGAAAAAGAAGCUNUUGUGAUGACAGUGAUCAAGGGGAAACAACUCCAGAAAUGA